GUUGAGUAUCACCUCCAGAGCUCAUGAUAAUUUUACAAGCAAAUUGCAAUGUGACUUUUGAAAAUGUUCCUGCUUUUUUCAUAGCCUUUUUUCCAUUUCUUAAUCAUACUAUUUCUCAAUAAAAUCUGUUUUAGUGUUUUACGUAAAUGCAAUUAAAUUCAGUGUAGUUUGUGAGUGUGUGUGCUGGUAUUAUCAACAUGUUAGUGGAAGUUGGUAUUCUGUCGAUUAUCCUGUUCAUUAUUUUUUGGGAAUUCAACACCCUCAGCCAUAUUUUCAUCAAAUUCAUUUGGCAAAAAUUAACGCUCUCUGAAUCCUAUCCUCAGGCAAGCAAGGCUAGACAUGUUUCAAAAACAGAGAAAACCAAGAAUACUCGGCCAGUGAAAGAAAUACAAAAGCAAGGUAAAAGUCUUAAAAAAGAGCAAAAUGGACGAAAAGAAAAGACCAAGAAAGAAGAAAAGAAGGUGAAGAAUAAAGAGCAAAAGCCCAGUAAGUAUGGUGAUCCAGUUUCUUUGCCUGAUAAAGGUGUCAAAGUUACAACUGAUAAAAAACCGACGAAAACCUUGCCACCACCUCAGGGGCCUAAGAAAGAUAAGACUCUAAAGAGUAAAAGCGGUGAUAAUUCAGGAGAGUGGACCAUUGUACAAAAGAGAAUGAAAAAGUCCUAUUCUUCAAAAACCAUUAAACCUGAUAGUACUGGGUCUAGCGUACAAACCAGAGGUCCUAAUUGCUCUGAACUCACAGCCCUCGGAAAGCAGUCCGAUACAAGCACUGUAACCAAACCACAUUAUAAAGAGCGUCGGGAAACCAUUCCGACUAUAAAUAUUGGAAGAACUGGUAGUUCUAGUAAACCAGGGGCACCAGACCCUUCACUUAUCCCAAAACCCUCCUGUACUCCUAAAAAUGAGGCAAUCACCAAAGGUAAUUUGCCGCAGAAAACAGCAACCAAUGGUACAACAACCAGAACUACAAAUGAGUUGGCGCAGGGUUUUUUUUUCUACAAGGGUAAUAAAGCAGAAAAUGACUCUAAGCAGUAUCUUGACUUUGCGAAUCAAAAUAAGAGAAAAUUCCAAACUGACUAUGCUAAAACAGUGUACAAACCGAAUGCCUUGUCCAGUGAGAUUACAAAUGGGUUUGGCAGUGACAUUAGCGAUAACUCGAAGAAGCCCAGCGCUUCCGCAAAUCAAGGAAAUUCUAUUGAUUCUACCUUCGUGGGAACCAAUGUGGCAUGCAGUAAUGUUGGAAAUGAGCCUCCUAGUGAGGUCCACAGCUCAUCUAAUACUUUCGUCAAUCCAAAUGAAACCGACAGUCAAAGGCUUGUUGCAAAUCCUGUAAACUUCUGCUCUUCAAGUCAAGCUCCACCUAUCCAGACAACUUUUCUCAACAUCACCUCCAGUCAAAUGCUGAACCAAACUUUUCCCUUGAAUGCUGCAGAUGCCAAUUUGAUACCCCAAAUUGAAAAUUUUGAUCCAUACAGAAAUUCAGUGAUUUAUUCUUACACUGAACAAAAUCAGCAAAGAGUGGAAAACACUUCAGCAUCAUCUAACAACUUCUCUGCAUCAUUCCCAGAUGCAGGAACCGAAAUCUUUUCUUACACCACCUACAAUGAAAACUUCCCAAUUCUAUAUAACUCGUCAAGUGGCUUUGUUGAAAUGCCCCCUGACCAUUUAACCUCCUUUGCAAAUAGUGGCGAGAACAAGUCAUAUUACCAGGAAAAUGUCUAUCAUCCAGGCGAAGCAUUUGUGCAUUUGGAUAGUGCUGGAAAUCAUUUCAAUGGUUUUAAUAGUAACUCUGCUCAUAUCAGUGGACUUCCCAACAAGGCACCUCUAGGUCAGUUUGUCUCAAGUGAUAAUGCUGCAUCCUAUCGUUGUGACAUCAAUGUUGAUGAAAAAAACUAUGGGCUCUCAGAUGGUAAUUCAGAUGAAGCUCAGCACGGUUCUCCUUUUAAUCCUGAGGAAGUUCUAGCUACUGCUGUGCCUACUUCAAAGGCUAUAGAUGAGUCACUUCAAGAUUUAGCAAGUCCGCAUGGACUAAGUGAUGCGCAACAAGAGUCUGAUCAGAAUACUAAUAUAGUAAAAGAAGAAUUACCGAGGAAAGACCAAGGGAAUGAAGAAGAGUUGUCAUAUUUUGCAGGAGGAGAGGACAGUCUAGUUAACGAGAACUUGUCAUCAGAGGAGGAAGGAAGUGACCCAGAAUGUGAAAGAUCUCUGUCUAUAAAUGAAGGAGAAUGCAGUGAAGAUACAUUUGAAGAAUCGUCUCUAGAAGUAAAUAAUUUAAAGCAUGAAGGGAUGCCAUCAACGGCAGAUCAGGGUUUGGUUAAAUCUGAUGAAGAUGAGACAGUGUUAAGCGAUGAUGAAGCAUCUGAGGAUGAAAUAGAAAACCAGAAGAGGCCUUUAACCAAAGAGGAGGUAAUUGACAGUGCAGAAGAGAGUACAAAAGAAAGCAAAAGUGAGGCUACUAGUCAAGCUAAGAGUGUUGUGGAAAAUCAGUCAGUUCAAGAAGAUGACAGUAUGAGGAGCAAUGAAAUGAGAAAUAACGAAGAACAUGAGGUAGAAAGAGACCUAACUGGAAGCGAUUUUUGUGUGGAGAGUGAAGUGACGAAUCAACAUACACCACUUGCUGCUGGAGAGAACUCGUUUAUAGGUGGAUGUCAUAUUCAAAAAAAUAUGGAGGGAAAAGAAAAUCCUCAGGAUUUUGACAGUCCUGAAUCCUUAGAUCCCAAAGCAGUAGAGUGCCCUCACACCAAUUACUUUGAGCUCCAGUCUAAUGAGGAUAUCUCCAAAAUUUUGGGGAAAAAUGAGGAUGCAGGAAUGGUGAGCUCAUCUCUUGUUGAAUCAAGUGGGAGUUUGAGAUCUAAGAUUGAUGAACUUGAGGUGGAUGAGGAUAAGCUGAUCGCAGAACAACUGUCAGAUGCAUUGCUGGAUGAGUCUGAAACCUCACAACCUGCGAUUGCAGAUGUGAGCCCGAACACCGUGAUGCCAAAGCCUGUAGUUAGUGCAGAGAAUGCUUUGUACAACAUUAUGGAAGAGCCAGGAGAGGUCGAGGAGAAAUGUCAUGCUGAAGCAUCAAUCUGCAAGGAGCCAUCUGUUCAAGCAAUUGACCAGAAUCUGCUACCCAAUCUACCCUCUAAUGAAACUUUCGACAAGAAUCGUACAACUCCUGAUUCUAGCACACAACUCAUUUUUGAACACUCGGAGUCAAAUCCCAUAAUCUCAGAAAAAUUUGUCAAUGAUGAAUUCUCAGUGGAGGUGACUGAAUCUUUAAGCUCAUCUUUUGAUAAAAAAGAAUCCGAAGCUGCAGGCUCCAGUAAAGGGAGGCCGCAAAAAAUGGUAACUACAAGUAUACGGGUUUUGACUCUCAAUGAUGGGGAACACAAAGAUUCAACUCUUUACAGGCUUGAAAAAGACUGGAUUCUCGAAUUUCGACUAGGACCUUCAUUGUUUGGUCGAAAAGUUAAAAUUUUUGUAAACUUCCCUGAAAAAGGUCAUGAGUAUCACCGCAGUGAGUACAACAGUCUCUCUUGGUCAAACUGCUCUAGUCAUGAUGAUUGUGCCAAAUUUUGUCAAAUUAGGCUUCAUACUUCCGGCUCUUUUCAUUAUUACUUUACAUACAAUGAUGAAGAAUCCCCGAAAGGUUCCGGCUAUUUUCUGGUGGAUCCGGUCCUCACGGCUGGGGGUGAAGAAUUACCUUUAGAUUGCAUACAGUCAGUUACUUACCUCAGCAAGCUUCUAGGUCCAUUUUCAUCCUGGGAAAAUAAGCUCAGAGUAGCUAAAGAAACUGGGUACAACAUGAUUCAUUUCACACCCAUUCAGGAGCUGGGAGGUUCAAAUUCAGCAUACAGUUUAUGUAAUCAACUCUCCUUAAAUGUGACAUUUAAUGAAGGAAAUCGAGAUAUAACAUACGAUGAUGUAACUGUACUAACGGAUAAGUUAAGAAAUGAAUGGAAGGUGUUGAGCAUCUGUGAUAUUGUCCUUAAUCAUACAGCCAAUGAGAGUCCCUGGUUAAAGGAUCACCCUGAGUGUUCAUAUAAUUUAGUUAAUUCUCCGCACCUAAAACCAGCAUAUUUAUUGGAUUAUACUCUUGACAAUUUGUCUAAGGAAAUAUCUCAAGGCAAGUGGGAAUUCUCUGGAAUACCGACUGUUGUGAAUGCAGAAGAACACCUGAAUGCAAUCAAGCAUGCAUUAUUUGGCUCUAUUCUACCAAAUGUGAAAAUUUUUGAGCUAUUCACAAUGGACAUCGACAAAUUAGUUGUAGAAUUUCAAACAUUAUCAAGAAAUAGGGUGCCACCUUCACCCACGGAGAAAGUCACUGUGCCUCCGCUGAAGUUGAUACCAGAUCCAGAAUUUAGACGGUUGGCUGCCAAAGUUGACAUGGAUCAUGCUUUAGCCUUAUACAACAUUUAUAGGAGUGAUUGCUUUGAUGAAGAGACUCGUCUUAAAAGAUGUAGCGAAGAAUUCAAAAAAUGUUUGGAGAAAUUGAAUAAUGAUAUUUACAACAAAGUUCAGAGUGAUCUUGGAGCUGCUGUUGAGAACACUGUCGCAGGAGUUCGUUACUUCCGAGUUCAGCAUGAUGGACCUCGUUUAACAGAAAUCUCUGUAAAGAAUCCUCUUUUCCAACGUUAUUUCACAGACCCACCAAAUGGACCGUCUGAAGCAGUAAUGUACUCACAUGAGGGACAGUUUGUCAUGGCUCACAAUGGGUGGGUAAUGAAUGCUGAUCCACUGCAAAAUUUUGCCGCACCAGGAUCAGAUGUCUAUCUUAGACGAGAACUAAUUGCCUGGGGAGACAGUGUCAAGCUGAGGUAUGGAGAGAAGCCUGGAGACUGUCCUUAUUUAUGGAAUCUCAUGAAAGAAUAUGUCGAAAAGACUGUAAAAACCUUUGAUGGAGUCCGUUUGGAUAAUUGUCAUUCAACACCUAUUGCUGUGGCUCAGUUUCUACUUGACGCUGGGCGCAGGAUCAAACCAAACUUGUACGUCGUAGCAGAGUUGUUCACGAACUCUGAUGACAAAGACAAUAUCUUCGUCAACAAACUUGGGAUCACCUCUCUGAUUCGAGAGGCAAUGUCUGCAUGGGACUCCCAUGAAGAGGGUCGCUUGGUUUAUCGUUAUGGAGGGGUUCCAGUCGGAGCAUUUGUGCAGCCAACAAGUAGACCACUAGUUCCAUCAGUAGCUCAUGCCUUGUUUAUGGAUUUAACCCAUGAUAACCAGAGCCCAGUUGAAAAGCGCACUGUUUUUGACUUAUUGCCAAGCUCGGGGCUUGUCAGCAUGGCCUGCUGCGCUAGUGGUAGUAACAUGGGUUACGAUCUCCUUGUGCCUCACCAUAUACAUGUUGUGGAUGAAAGUCGGUUAUAUUUGGAAUGGGGAAAUGAAGUAAAUCUCAGCACAGGAAUUAUUGGCGGCAAACGAGCUUUGAAUAAUUUACACUAUAUGCUAGGGAAAGAGGGGUACUCCCAGGUUUUCGUAGAUCAAGUUGAUACCGAUAUUGUGUGUGUGACGAGGCACAAUGAUAUUACCCACGAAACUGUCAUUCUGGUCUCUUACACCGCUUUCCACCCACCAAGUAGCGUUGCGUCUGGCAUUGGAAAAGGAGUCACAGUAUCUGGCCAUGGAGAAUCGGUCAUACUUGAAGCUACACUUUCUCACAGAGGCAAUCAAAAAUAUGCACCGAGCACCGAAUUCAAGCGUGAUCCUAAAUACAUCAAUGGUCUGGCUGAAUACACCCUUGAUCUACGAGAAAAUAUUGAUUUGAAAGAAAGUCGUAUGUUGGAUUUCGUUUACUUUCCUGAUGGUAGCACGCGGGUCAAUUUCACUUCGCAAUUUAAACCUGGAUCUGUAGUUGCUGUCCAGUUCACACCCCAUCCAAAAGUUCUUCCUGCUCUGCAAAAACUGUCAACAAAGCAAGAUCUGAGCCAUGUCAUCUCUCAAUUAUCUCUGGUUGAUUUGAAUAAAGCACUGUACUGCUGUGCUGAAGAGGAAGGCGGCACCUAUGAUGUUCCGAAUUUUGGCAAGCUUGUAUAUGCAGGCCUUCAAGGAGUGGUAUCUCCUCUCUCAACGAUAGCUCCAGUUAAUGACUUGGGACAUCCUCUCUGUGCAAAUUUAAGGAACGGUCAUUGGUUGAUGGACUACAUAGCCUCACGCUUGAAAAACUAUCCUGGCACAAAGCAGUUGGGAGAUUGUAUGGAGCAACUUUUUGCCCCCUUGAAAGACAUCCCUCGGUUCUUAGUUCCAUCGUAUUUCAACUUGAUUAUCAUGCAAGUUUACAAGGAUCUAAUGAAUCAAGCUUGGAGCCAGAUGUCAGAGUUAGUCUCGAAUGGAUCAGCUUUCUGCAAGAGUCUAGCCCUAGGAUCUAUACAACUCGGAGGUAUUGUUUCCUCAUCACCAUUACCUCUCUUGUCCAGUAAUCUUUUGCCACCGAAACCACCUAUCCGCACCACCAAAGAUGGUCGCAAAGAACAACUGUACGCAUCAUUAUCUGCCGGUCUACCCCACUUUUCUCAUGGAUACAUGCGGAAUUGGGGUCGUGACACUUUCAUUGCUCUACGAGGUCUAUUCCUGCUGACUGGAAGGUAUCAAGAGGCUAGGUAUAUUAUUCUGGCAUUUGGUGGUUGUCUCCGCCAUGGCUUGAUCCCAAAUUUGUUAGAUGGUGGCAACAAUCCUCGCUACAACUGUCGAGAUGCUGUAUGGUGGUGGCUGUACACAAUCCAAUCCUAUGUUGAAUUAGUUCCUCAAGGACACAUCAUUUUGAAUGAUGUUGUCAAUAGAAUUUUCCCCACUGAUGAUUCGCCCAACACCUCUGUUGAUCAACCUUUACAUGAGGUUAUUCAAGAAGCAAUGUCAGUCCAUUUUCAAGGCUUGUGCUUCAGAGAGCGGAAUGCUGGAAUUGCAAUUGAUGCCCACAUGGUUAGUCAAGGCUUCGAUAAUCAAAUUGGCGUCAAUCCUAACACAGGAUUUGUAUUUGGUGGCAACGAGUGGAACUGUGGAACCUGGAUGGAUAAAAUGGGAUCGAGUGAAAAAGCAGGCACGAAAGGACGCCCAGCCACUCCCAGAGAUGGAUCUGCAGUCGAGUUGAUAGGUCUGUCCAAAGCUGCUGUCAGAUGGUUGGCAACUAUGAACGAGAAAAACUUAUACCCUCACAGCGGAGUCUCUCGAACUAAUAAAGAUGGUAGCACAACAACUUGGAGUUACAAGGAGUGGAACAAACGGAUACAAGAUAACUUUGAAAAAUACUUUUGGGUCUCUACGUCACCAGAUCCAAAUGAGAAACGACCGGACCUAGUUAAUCGUAAAGGAAUCUACAAAGAUACUUAUGGUGCAUCACAACCCUGGACCGACUAUCAGCUGAGACCAAACUUUCCUGUUGCAAUGGUUGUUGCUCCUGAAUUGUUCACUCCAAGUAAUGCAUUGGCAGCUUUGCAGACUGUGGAAGAUGUUUUGCUGGGACCUCUUGGUAUAAAAACUUUAGAUCCGACUGAUUGGUGCUACAAUGGUUUUUACGACAACAGUAAUGAUUCGUCGGAUGCCAAAGUUGCUCAUGGUUUCAACUAUCAUCAAGGACCAGAAUGGCUGUGGCCUGUUGGAUUCUUUCUGCGGGCCAAGCUAAUUUUUGCUGAAAAAGCAAAGGGUCAGACAGAAUUGGCCACCACAAUCUCCAAGACGCUUGCAUAUCUCUCACAUCACUACUCGCACCUUCAGUCGUGUGUUUGGCGUGGUCUGCCAGAAUUGACCAACAAAGACGGAGCUUUUUGUCCUGGUAGUUGCACUGUUCAGGCCUGGAGUAUGUCUACCAUUCUAGAGGUGCUCGAAGACAUUUCAAAAUUGGAAGUAGUAGCUGGAUUUGAAAAGAUAAAUGAUCCAUUAAAGCUUUGAAACUUUCGAACUGCCAAAUACAAAACAAAUUACUUUGUUUGUGCGGUACUUUAUCAUGUGUAUAGAAUUUGUGGAGUAUUCGCUCUUGUUGUUUUAAGAAGCUGUUGUUACCUAAAUUUUCAAUGAUGUAAUUAUUUUUAUCAUUCACUAACUAUGUAGAAUCUCUGAUGAUAAUUUGAUAAUAUGUGUUGUUAUCGUCCUGAUUGCUCAAAACUUUUGUUACUCAUUUUACCUGCAAUUUUACAAUGAGUUUGAAAGGAAAGACCAAAUUUUAUGCGCAGAGUGUUUAUGACUUAAUUCCGCACUGUUGCAGGAGACGAUUCUCAAGUCAAAAUAAGAAAAUUCUCCUCUACUAAGGUUAGCCUAUAGUUUAAUUUACAGUCGUAGUUUAAAUUGCCAUAAUUCCAGGAAAAACGCAAAACUUGGCCAAUUAAAAGUUGAGGGCUUCGCCCAUUCUCCAAAAACAAAAGGAAUAGUAUCAUUUCUCAUCUUUUUGUGUUCGGCACUGGGAGUUUCAAUUCACCCUAAAUUUUGAAACAAAUACACUCAAAAUUAUCCGCAAAA